AUGGCUCGGAGCAACGGCUCGGAGGCGAUGUUCUUCGAUAGCGAGGUGGCGAGCGUGCACGUGGUGCUGCUGCACAGGCCAAUGGGCCCGCAUCCCGCCGAGCCGCGGCACGGUGCCGAGCCGCACCCCGCCGCCUUCGAUUCGCACGCGUACUUCGAGGGAAAAAAGCGCUUGUGGGAGGUGCGGAUACAGUGCACGUUCAAGAAGGCUAUGCCGCCCCACAGCAUGCGGAUAGCCACGCAGCCCUUCGAGCGGCAACCGCUGGGGCAGGCGGGGGUCCAGCUGCACCGCUGGCUGGUCAAGAUGGCAGGGCCUGCGAUGCGAGGCAUACACCACAGCCCUGGCGACGACCCGCGGGGACGCGCUGAGAGCGACGUCGAGCAGCCGAUGGUCAGCAUUCCCCUAGUCGAGUGCGACCAGUACAUCCCAGAGGCUCCGCCGAGCCUGGUCGACGCCAGCUUCCCGAAGCUCGGACUGACCAAGGCCCGAGACCCCCAGGCGUUCCGGAGGAACAUGGCCCAGGUCACCUUCGAGGCUGGCGAAACUCACACGUUCGGCUUCUGGGGCCCAUCGAGGGCCGUUGACCUGCUGGGCUGGCAGGUGGCCUCCAUCCCCAUGUUCCAGGGCGUCAGCCUGGACACCGUGAACGGCAAGCCACCGCUCUACCUCACGGUGUACUCGCUCUCGCCGGGAGAGGAGAGGGACCGGCGGCACUUGCCCUCGCGGAUGCAGGUCCUGUUGAAGGCAGCCGUGUGGUCGAGCCUGUACCCGCCGUCGCCCAGACGCAUGGACGAGCUCAGGAGCUUGGCCUCGCCGGAAGGCACGCCCACCAGGGCCGAGCGGCGGAGGACCGAGUCGUGCAUGCACAUCCCGACGACGCCCGACUGCGUCCCGGCUGUGCAGCUGCGCCGGUCGCACGGGCGCCCCGAGCCCGGCUGCGCGUGCGGCGUGUGGCGGCUGUUCUCGGGCCGCAGGGGCUGA